CAUUCAUAUGAUAGCUCUGCCUAACAGCCUUAGCAGCACAUAGUCCAGUAGUAACACGACACGACGGGAGUUUUAUAUCGUGCCCCGUAAAAGGACCACUAUUAUUACAAUUACAGGUGCUGCUAGUUCAAUAAUGCUGCCAUCUCAUCUGCAUAUUGUACAAAGCCCUUCUUAUCGUGAGCCGUUAAAAACAUCCGAUACCAAAGGCACUGCUGCGUGCCAUCGUCAACAUAUACUGCCCAACUCGCCCGGGUCCAUCAUCCUCUUCCACAUUCACAUGCUUUAAAAAAACACCAUCUUAACUCAAUUGCAUGCUCACUAGUUGCUCAUACUGUGUCAAUUGCGCUGUAUUUCUUUCUGAUACGGUACAAUGACGCUCUUGCGUCAAUUCAUCGUCUUUGGGACGGACAAUGCCGGCAUCGAGCGCUCAUUACGCUUCGUCCAGGCCCUAGUUUCUCUCAUCGCCACAUAUCCCGCCUUCCAAGUCGCCGCACAGCUCCAUCUCACGUCGAUCAACGUCCCACCCCCAGCGUCAUUCCUGCUGCUGCGAUCAAAGAUCAACCUCACCAGACGCCUCUUGCGUUUCCUCCGGUUCUUGGACCAAUUCAAGCUGGGGUGGGAUGUUUAUGCCUCUGGCAUACUGGAUUUCGAUGCAUUGCUUGAUGUGCUUUGCAAGACGUCCUUGGGCGUCUUUGGCAUGCUCGAGACGGUAACUCUGCUGGAUCUGCUGGAAAUAGACCAGAUGCAGAUAUUUGGACCCGAGCAAACUGCAAGCUUAAAUUACCAAGCUCAAUGGUUCUGGCUGGUGGCCUUGUGCAUCUCUCUCUUCCGCUCUGCCACUAGAUUAUUGCGCAUUCUUGGCAAUCAAGUGGCCCCCAGUCCCUCGUCUACCAACGAGAAAGAGAAAGACGCGCAGAAGGAAAGUGAACAUCAAGAUAGAGAUGGAUCUGCUCCAAGGAAGCCAAAUGAGAAUCAGGUAGAAACAGGCGACAGACAGACAAAACCCGUGGAGCCUGUCUCGCCGCUGAUCCUGAAGCUCAUAUCUGAUGCCAUGGACUUGCUUCUCCCAGCCUCUGCUGUUGGGCUGGUUCAAGUAGAUUCUGAAGUGAUUGCUGUCGCCAUGAUUAUCAGCACAGCAAUCACCGCCAACGAUGUAUGGGCUAAGUGUGGUAGGGAUAUGCGUCGUGGUUAA